AUGAUUCAAUUGGGGACAAGAUUGGGUCUUUUCUUCAAAGGAAAUCAAGAAGAAAAUGUUGAUGUUAUUAUGGAUACAAUGAAGUCUCAUCUCAAAAAUUUAGAGGUGGAGAAAGAUAUAAUUAAGAAAAAUACAAGGGACUGGAAUCCUAGCAUUCUUCUUCUUCAGAAGACUAAACUUCAACAAUGUAAUGAUCUUUUGGUGUGGCAAACUUGGGGAAACAAAUUUGUAAAAUGGUUGGAUGCACCUUCUGAAGGAAGAUCUGGUGGAAUUCUUUGUCGUUGGGAUGAUUCAAAGGUUCUCACUGGUAAUUAUGCUCUUAAUGCUAAUAACACCAGUGAAAGAAAAUUGUUUUGGAGGGAGAUAGAGGAAGUGAGAUGUUUUUGGAAUUUAUCCUGGGUAAUUGGAGGUGAUUUUAAUGAAAUUCAUUUUACUCAUGAGAGGUCUUCUGGUGGUGAAUAUUUAGCUGGUAUGAGGAGAUUGAACAGAUUCAUCUCUCAACAUGAACUGUUUGAUUUACCUUUACAUGGAGCUACUUAUACUUGGACAAAAAAUCAUUUUAACAGCAUAAAAAGUCGCAUUGAUAGAAUUAUGGUUUCACCUGAGUGGGAGCAGCAAUUUCCUAAUCUCUUACAACAAGCCUUGUCAAGACCGUGGUCUGAUCAUAGUCCCAUUUCUCUUUCCUGUGAUGGUGUUAAGACAGGUCCAGGGCCAUUUCGCUGUGAGUAUUACUGGUUCACAAAUUCAAAUUUCAUUAAUUUUAUCACCUCUACUUGGAUGUCUUUCAAUGUUUUAGGUAAUGCUAGUUUCUCUUUUUGUAAGAAUCUGCAACUGUUAAAACCAAAGUUAAGAGAGUUGAGCAAAUUGGAAUAUGGAGAUAUGGAUAGGAGACUGGAUGAAUUGGAGAACACCUUUACUUCUUUAUAUGCUGAGUAA